CUCCCUCUGUGUCUCUCUAUCUGAGACGACCGACCGAGAGUACGCUCUCCGUUCAGAGUUGGAGCCAAGCCGGAAGGAGAAGCGGAGUCGACGUUCUCUCGAGUGCCCGCAAUCUCACGGGUUCCCAUAACCGGCUGUUGUGCCCGGUCGCUGUUUUGCAACGGCGCAACAACUUCGGCGAACACUCGGCAGUGUGUAACCAGUUACUACAGACUAAUUGUAACUCCCGACUCAGUCAGACCUCUCGGCCAGGGUCCGAGAUUCGAGUCGAUCCGGUUAACAUCGCAAUUUGUGAGCGAGAGUUCGGGCAAGUGCGGCGAGUGCGUCUUGUGCGUAGCUGGCACCAGUAACUCGUUUCACAAGUGCUGUAGUUAGUCUCAUCGAUUGCAAUUGAAUUCGGCGAUUUCUACGAUUUCUGAGAUCGCGUGGGUGUACCUGGUCCCCUCAGUACUUAAUUUCGUACUUCUGGAGGGAGUCACGUGGCCUGCCGGAUUUUAAUCCGCUGGUAUCAGUUGAUUAUAAGCUUGUGAGAUAUUGUGAAAUUUCUUGGCAGUUGCGACACGUUAAUCUGCACGAUGGUACCUUACGCUUAAGACGGAGAGAAAUGACGAUUUAACUUAGAAAAACUGGAACGAAGAGACUAAAACUCGACUGGACUUGAAUGUUUUUAAGUGAUUUCGUUGUGACUGAUGCGAGUCCGAUGAUUCAACCGAUUUCAACGCUCUCUGCGCUCGUAUCACCGGUCAUGAACGAUCGAUUCUCUAGUCUAGACGAUUGCAAGAGCGCACUCAAAUUAUUUGAGCAAAGCACACAUGUCUGCUGUCCAAUCUGUAAUUUAAAUUGGCGAAUAUUCGAGCAACAGUCAUGUUGUCAGCUGUAUCGUGCGAUACCAUUAUGGCCUCGAGAGAGUUAAUCGUUGUCAGCGCUUGACGACGGCCUCCAGUAACUGGCAGAGAAGUUGUUUAUCAUCCAUUCCGAACGAGUUGUGCAGAAUCGACACAUUUUUCACGUACACAAUUUUUCUGCGCGCAAGAGCGGCAGGUCGGGACGGACCGGAGCGGAGCGAUUUAUAGCGCAAAAUGGUCAAGUGGUACAGGAACGUUAAAUGCCGGAACUAUCUCGCUCGCAGACUGCCGGUCCUUAGCUGGUUGCCGCGAUAUCACAUCUCGUGGCUUCUGCAGGAUGCAUUGGCCGGUAUCACGGUCGGCCUCACCGCAGUGCCGCAAGGCAUCGCUUAUGGUGUCGUCGCUGGCCUAAAUCCUGAGUAUGGACUGUACGCGGCAUUUAUGGCAUCUUUUAUAUAUGUCGUUUUCGGUUCUUGCGAAAACAUCACUAUUGGUCCAACAGCCAUUAUGGCCACCAUGGUUUAUCCGUUGGUCAAAAAAUAUGGUGCUGACAUGGCUAUACUCAUGGCCUUCCUGAAAGGAUGCAUCAUUGCGCUCCUAGGAAUUUUUCACUUAGGUUUUUUGUUAGACUUCAUAUCACUCCCGGUGAUCACCGGAUUUACUACAGCCGCAGCGAUUAACAUAGCAUCAUCCCAAUUCAAAUCGCUCCUGGGUAUUCCUGGUAGAAGCGAGAAUUUCUUGGAAGCUGUAAUAGCGAUUUUCAGUAACCUCAAGAAGAUCCGGUACGAAGACACAUUGCUAGGCAUUGGGACAAUCAUCGUGUUAGUUCUCUUGAAGAAUAUACCUGGGCGGCGUACAGGAACAAUUUUACAAAAAACAGGAUGGUUCAUUGUUCUGUCACGCAAUGCAUUAGUCGUAAUUACUGGUACCGUUAUGGCAUACAUUUUUUAUAUUAACGAGCAAGAGCCUUUCAAGCUAACGGGAGCAAUGGGUCAAGGUUUGCCACCGUUCGCGCUACCCCCGUUCUCCAUGACCGUCGAAAACCGCACGUACAAUUUCCUGGACAUGGCCACUGCGAUGGAGACGAAACUGUUCACGAUACCGGUCGUGUCUACUAUCGAGCACAUCGCCAUCGCGAAAGCCUUCGCGAAGGGCAAAUUCCUGGACGCUACGCAGGAGAUGAUCGCUCUAGGAUUCUGCAACAUUUUCGGAUCGUUCGUCCGCUCGAUGCCGGUCACUGGAUCCUUCACACGAACGGCCGUCAAUCACGCGUCAGGUGUCAAAACUCAGCUCGGAGGAAUAUUCACAGGCAGUCUGGUGCUGCUGGCAGUCGGUCUCUUGACUUCCACCUUCUACUUCAUACCAAAGGCGACGCUGGCUGGUCUCAUCAUAUGCGCCAUGUACUACAUGCUCGAUUUCCCGACGUACGCCCUGCUGUGGCGCGCCAGAAAAGUCGACUUCUUUGUGAUGUUGCUGACAUUGGUCCCAUGCGUCUUCCUCGGCCUAGAGGCGGGUAUUUUAAUAGGCAUCGUUAUCAAUCUUAUAGCGUUAUUAUAUUUCUCAGCACGGCCUUCCAUUCGCACGAAAAUUGAACAGAUCGAAGGAGAGACCGUGAUAGUCGUCGUACCCGAAGAAGCGGUAGCUUUUCCGGCGGCGGAGCGUUUACGUGCUAACAUAAUGAAGCUUUCCGGAGAAAGCGAGUGUAACGUGAUACUCGAUUGUAAGAACCUGAAAAGGAUCGACGUUACGGUCGCCAAGAAUAUCAAGCUCCUGGCAAAGGACCUUUCAGUGCGCGGACAAAGGAUUGUCUGCAGUAAUUGCUGCGAGAAUAUUGAGGCUACCCUGAGGGUUGUAGAGCCGGAGCUAUUAAACGUCAAGGAAGACGGAGACAACUACGGCUGAGGGAGGAUCGCAAAUCUGUAUAUUUUAUUUGGAUUCUACCUGGAUUCAGAUAGAGAGCGCAUGAGGCUAAUGAAUAAAAGUAUGACCGUCAGACGCUGGA